AUGCAUCCACUUUUACACACCACCUUGUUCUUGCUUAUGUUGUUGUUUUCCUGUGUUUCAUCUGCUGCAUCCACUCCUCCAUUCUCCACUUCUUGUCGGUUACAGGGACAGUUUCAUCUGAAUGGGAUUCACAAGUCUGGAGAUGUGGUUUUGGGUGGGUUGUUUCAAAGCAACCUCUUCUCUGUCUUUCCUGACCUGUCUUUUACCUCUGAGCCUCAUGAGCUUUCUUGCCACAGUUUUGAUGUUGUAGGAUUUAGGCGUGCCCAGACCAUGGCCUUUGCUAUUGAUGAGAUCAACAGAAACUCCAACCUGCUCCCUAAUGUGACUCUGGGAUACAGUCUGUACGAUAACUGUGCCAACCUUAGAAUUGCAUUUCGUGCAGCACUGACAUUGGUCAAUGGUCAAGAGGAACGAAUCGUAUUAGAUGAGAACUGUGCAGGAAACCCUCCAGUUGUAGGGAUUGUAGGUGACUCUUCCUCUACACGUUCUAUUGCCAUCUCCUCUGUGUUUGGUUUGUACAGAGUACCUAUGGUGAGUUAUUUUUCUACUUGUGCCUGUCUGAGUGACCGGCAAAAGUAUCCAUCCUUUUUCAGGACGAUCCCAAGUGACGCUUUCCAGGUUCGUGCUAUGAUUCAGAUUCUGAAGCACUUUGGUUGGACUUGGGCAGGUCUGCUGAUCAGUGAUGAUGAUUAUGGACUCCACGCAGCCAGGUCCUUCCAGUCUGACCUGAGCCUGUCCGGUGAAGUUUGUCUGGCUUACAUUGAGGUUUUGCCUUCCGACAAUGACCCAGUUGAAGCCAGGAGGAUCGUGGAUGUGAUGAAGAAAUCCACAGCUCGUGUGGUCAUAGUGUUCGCACAUCAGAGUUUCAUGAUUGACAUCAUGGAAGAGGUAGUAAGGCAGAAUGUGACAGGCCUGCAGUGGAUGGCCAGUGAAGUCUGGACAGCAUCUGAUGUCCUCCAAACCCCUAAUUACAUGCCUUACCUGGCUGGUACGCUGGGCAUCGCCAUCCGUCGAGGAGAAAUACCAGGGCUCAGGGACUUCCUGUUACAAAUACAUCCUGAGCUAUACCACAACAACAGCAUGAUACAUCAGUUUUGGGAAUUCAUAUUUCAGUGUAGAUUUGCACCACCUCCAGCAGGCUGGGUGGAAGGUGGGGGGACACUCUGCACUGGACAGGAAAAGCUAGAGUUUGUGGAGAGUGAGUUCUUGGACAUUUCAAACCUAAGAUCAGAGUAUAAUGUGUACAAAGCUGUGUAUGCUCUGGCCUAUGCUCUUGAUGAUGUGUUGCAGUGUGAGCCAGGCAAAGGGCCUUUCAGUGGAAACAGCUGUGGGAAUUUGCAAGCACUGGAGCCGUGGCAGCUUCUCUAUUACUUGGGAAAGGUCAACUUCACCACAUCAUUUGGUGAUCAAGUGUCAUUUGAUGAGAAUGGUGAUGUUUUGCCAAUAUAUGAUAUCCUAAACUGGUUGUGGCUCCCUGAUGGAAGAACUUUAGUUCAAAAUGUGGGUGAAGUUAAAGAGUCAGCCUUCAAAGGCAAAGAACUCACAAUUAACGAAGAUGAAAUCUUCUGGAAUUUCGAACUGAAAAAGCCACCCCGCUCAGUUUGUAGUGAGAGAUGUCCUCCAGGUACCCGCAUGGUGAGAAAGAAGGGGGAACCUGAGUGCUGCUUUGACUGCAUCCCUUGUUCUGAGGGAAAGAUCAGCAACGAGACCAACUCUGUGGAGUGCAUCAGUUGUCCAGAGGACUUCUGGUCCAGCCCCCAGCGUGACCACUGUGUUCCUAAGAAAACAGAGUUCCUCUCCUACCAGGAACCUCUGGGUAUCUGCUUGACAGUCACCUCAUUACUGGGAACAUUCAUCUGUGCUGUUGUUCUAGGGAUAUUUAUCUACCAUCGCAGUACCCCUAUAGUACGCGCCAACAAUUCUGAACUUAGUUUCCAGCUGUUGUUGUCUCUUAAGCUAUGUUUCUUGUGUUCACUCUUAUUCAUUGGACGUCCCAGAGUGUGGACAUGCCAACUGAGACAUGCAGCAUUUGGGAUCAGCUUUGUGUUUUGUGUAUCAUGUAUCCUGGUCAAAACCAUGGUUGUUCUGGCUGUGUUCAAGGCCUCUAAGCCAGGAGGUGAAAGCAGUCUCAAGUGGUUUGGUGCUGGACAGCAAAGAGGAACAGUUCUGGUUCUUACUUUUAUUCAAGCAGCUAUCUGUACCGCCUGGCUUGUAUCUUCAUCGCCAGCUCCUCAUAAAAACACACAAUACCACAAUGAUAAGAUAGUUUAUGAGUGUGUAGUUGGGUCCACUGUUGGUUUUUCAGUGUUGUUGGGUUAUAUUGGCUUACUGGCCUCUCUUAGUUUUCUGAUCGCAUUUCUUUCGAGAAAUCUUCCAGACAGUUUCAAUGAGGCCAAACUCAUCACAUUCAGCAUGUUGAUCUUCUGUGCUGUGUGGGUGGCCUUUGUCCCUGCUUACAUUAGCUCACCAGGUAAAUAUGCAGACACAGUGGAGGUAUUCGCCAUCCUGGCCUCCAGUUUCGGUAUCUUGGUGGCGCUGUUUGGGCCCAAAUGUUACAUAAUCCUGCUGAGACCAGAGAGGAACACAAAGAAAGCUAUCAUGGGCCGUGUUAACACCAACUAA